AUGAUCAACAGCGAGAACCCGCGAGUGUUUUUUGACAUUUCAAUCGGCGACGUCCCCGCCGGCCGCGUCGUCAUGGAGUUGUACGCGGACAAAGUGCCCAGGACAGCAGAGAACUUCCGGGCAUUAUGCACGGGUGAGAAGGGCCAAGGCCAAUCAGGCAAGCCCCUGAGCUACAAGGGCAGUGGGUUCCACCGGGUGAUCAAGGACUUCAUGAUUCAGGGCGGAGACUUCACCGCAGGCAACGGCACCGGUGGAGAAAGCAUCUACGGCGAGAAGUUCGAAGACGAGGCCUUCCCCUAUAACCACGAGCGCCCGUUCCUUCUCAGCAUGGCGAAUGCUGGUCCGAACACUAAUGGGUCGCAGUUCUUCAUUACUACGGUUAAGACCCCACACUUGGACAACAAGCAUGUGGUGUUUGGGCAGGUGCUGAAGGGUAGGCAUGUGGUGCGCGCUAUUGAGGCCCAGCCCACAGCGUCCGGGGACAAGCCCCUGAAGGACGUGGUUAUUGUCGACUGCGGUGAGUUGAAGCAGGGCGAGGAUGACGGGUGCACGCCCCUGGAUGGCGUCCCCGAGGACCCCGAGGACUACGACAUCCCCGAGGAGGCCGACGAUGAAGGCGAGGGCAAUGAUGCGUUCAAAAAGGGCGACCUGGACACGGCCAUCACCAAGUACACCAAGGGUCUGCGCUACCUGCGCGAAAUCCCGAUUUUCGACGAGGAAAAUGACCCGAGGAUAAGCUGCGCCCGCACAAAGUUUGCAGAGGCUGUUAAUGACUGCACUAUUAUUCUGGAGUACACGGAUAAGGAGAUCACGGAUAAGGAUCGCACGAAGGCGCUUUACCGUAGGGGCGCUGCCCGGCGCCAGAUCAAGGCGUUUGAGAAGGCCAGGGAGGAUUUGAUCGAGGCGAAGAAGCUGGAUUCGCAGGAUAAGGCUAUCAGCAAUGAACUUGCUCUCGUCGAGAAGGCCAUCCAGGAGCGCGAGAAGAGGGAGAAGCAGAUGUACAGCAAGCUGUUCUCGUAGCUGUACUGCAUGCAAGAAUUUUUUUUGGAAAAUAUAUUAUAAUAUAAGCAUUGUCAUAUCCGUCCUACUUGGCCCAUUCGGUUGUCGUACGGACUGCCUGCAGCAGCUGUCCUCUGGUGAGCCAGGAUCUGGCUUGUUCAUGUAUUCCCAGCGCGCCGUCAGCGGCAACGACAUCAAUAUGGAUUCAAUGCGCGCACCGGGCGUCAUCAAACCGAACUUGGUGCCACGGUCAUACACCAAAUUGAACUCGGCGUAAUGGCCGCGGCGGAGCAACUGCCAGUUCCGCUCACGCACCGAAUACGGCAUUGCCAUGCGCCUGGCCACAAU